AUGGGUGAUCAUGUUCUGGAAAUUGCAUGGGACAAAGUAGAUUCAGCACUAACAUCAAACCUAUUAUCGAAAAUAACAAACAGUUUGGAAUGUUCAAUAUGCUCGGAGAUUAUGCUUGCUCCAAUGACUACUGAAUGUGGCCACUCUUUUUGUUACGAGUGUCUACAUCAAUGGUUUCAAAACAAAAUCAAUUGCCCCACAUGUCGACAUGAAAUACAAACAAAGCCAGCAUUGAAUAUGAAAUUGAAUGAUGUUUCCAAGAGUUUGGCUGAACUUAUAAUUGAUGCACGGUUGGAUCCCAAUGUCGACUCCUUUCGGGCUCGAAAAAAGGAUGCAAUGUCAAAGUAUGAAUCACAUGCUAAGAAGAAGAGAGUAUUUGGAGAGCUUUUUUGUGGGUAUUCCCUAGCAUUGAUUGAUGAUUCGGACGGUGUGCCUAGGUGCGGCAACUGUCUUUGGGAAGCUCAUGGUACCGUAUGUUUACAUUGUGGAUCUAGGUUUAGAAAUACCGAUUUGAUACGAGGUGGUGGUCAUGAUGAUGAUGACGAUGACGAUGAAGAUGAAGAAGAGUUUUACCAAGAUGUACCACCAGCGGAAGAUCAUUACGAUUCAGAUGAUAGCUUUGUUGACUCGAGGACAGCUGAAGAGCUUCUAGAAGAAAUACAUGAUAAUGGACCCGAGGACAAUAAUGAUGAUCAGCCAAAUGCGACAUCCUCUGACGAGGAUGAUGAUGAUGGUGCUGCAAGCUUUCGAAAUUGGUUGUCUGGAAGUCAACCAAGACUGCAUAUCAUAUACGUGGAUGAUACCGACAGCGAGUUUGAAUAUAAUCCUCGGAUCUAUAGCGAUUCAGAUGAGGAUAGCCCGCAACAAAUACAUUUUGGAGGUGGUCCUGGUGGUCAUGUCAUAAUAGAUUUAGAUGCCGAUGAAGAUGGAAAUGAUUCAGAGUUGAUUGAUGCGCUUGCUGACUUUCAGCAUGGUGUUAGCGAAGAUGAAGCAAAUGAAGACUUUCGCAGUCUACAUGAGGAUCAUGAGAAUGAUUAUUACGACCGAAGUGAUGAUGAUGAAGGGGGUGAAGAGGAUGAAGAUGGGCAUGGAAGUCACAGCGAUCCAGACCCCGAUGAGUAUUACGAUGAUUAUGAGGCUGAAGAUCACGACAUCGAUCAGGAUGAUGUUGAUGUUGAUGUCGAUCAAAAUGAGUAUGAGGACUACGACGACAAUUAUAAUGAUAAUGAUGACUAUGAUGAUGGCCAAGAGACUGAUGGUAACUGGUGA